AUGGUCUGUGGCGGUAGAUGCGGCUGCGGUGCAUUAUGUCGACGUUUGUUUUGCCGCGCUCGCUCACGAAAUGGUAGUGUUAACGGAGAAUCUGUGCCUGUCACCUUGAAGCAGUUGGCUGAGGCCCGAGACAUAAAAUUCACUCAGACUCUGACAGAGCCUUUAACUAUCGGCUCCCAUAUUAUAUGCACGGGAACCCCCACUGAGGACUUACCAUGGUUUGCCAUAAAUAUUGGAUGUGGAGACCCGGAAUCGGGUCGAAACGAUAUCGCGGUACAUUUCAACGUGCGCCUUCCACAGUGCUACGUUGUGAGGAACACGCGAAGGCACGACAAAUGGGGAUCUGAAGAGACCACCGCCUUUAGGCUGCGGCCGACGCUGCACUCGUUCGCGGUCGACCUGCUCGACGCGUGCCGCGAGUGGCCGCGCGCGAACGUGAUCGCGCACGCGAACGUGCGCGCGCACUCGGACGCGCAGCUGCCCAGGCAGCUGGUCGUGCUGAACGCGUGGCUCGGCGGCUGGGGGCCCGAGCGGCGGCAGCGCACCGCGCGCCUGGUGCCCUCCACGCCGACUACAAUAAGGAUUGUACGAGGCUCAGGAGAGUGGUCCGUUUAUGCUGAAGAUUUGCUCAUCGGCGAGUUGGAGCAUCGCGCUGCGCCCGACGGAGUCAAGGCGGUUCGAAUACGAGGCGACCUCUACCCGGAGCAGAUCUACAUAUGCCCGUCCAGCACUUCCCCGGUA